GUUUGGGGCCGGCCCAGGCUUAGGGUGUGGAGGAGCCUCGCCAUCGGGCUUCCUGUCUCUCUUCAUUUAAGCACGACUCUGCAGAAGGAACAAAGCACCCUCCCCACUGGGCUCCUGGUUGCAGAGCUCCAAGUCCUCACACAGAUACCCCUGUUUGAGAAGCAGCGGGCAAGAAAGACGCAAGCCCAGAGGCCCUGCCAUUUCUGCGGGCUCAGGUCCCUACUGGCUGAGGCCCCUGCCUCCCUCAGCAAGGCCACAAUGAACCGGGGAGUCCCUUUUAGGCACUUGCUUCUGGUGCUGCAACUGGCGCUCCUCCCAGCAGCCACUCAGGGAAAUAAAGUGGUGCUGGGCAAAAAAGGGGAUACAGUGGAACUGAACUGUACAGCUUCCCAGAAGAAGAGCAUACAAUUCAACUGGAAAAACUCCAACCAGAGGAAGAUUCUGGGAAAUCAGGGCUCCUUCUUAACUAAAGGUCCAUCCAAGCUGAGCGAUCGCGCUGACUCAAGAAGAAGCCUUUGGGACCAAGGAAACUUUCCCCUGAUCAUCAAGAAUCUUAAGAUAGAAGACUCAGAUACUUACAUCUGUGAAGUGGAGGGCCAGAAGGAGGAGGUGCAAUUGCUAGUGUUCGGAUUGACUGCCAACUCUGACACCCACCUGCUUCAGGGGCAGAGCCUGACCCUGACCUUGGAGAGCCCCCCUGGUAGUAGCCCCUCAGUGCAAUGUAGGAGUCCAAGGGGUAAAAACAUACAGGGGGGGAGGACCCUCUCCGUGUCUCAGCUGGAGCUCCAGGAUAGUGGCACCUGGACAUGCACCGUCUUGCAGAACCAGGAGAAGGUGGAGUUCAAAAUAGACAUCGUGGUGCUAGCUUUCCAGAAGGCCUCCAGCAUAGUCUAUAAGAAAGAGGGGGAACAGGUGGAGUUCUCCUUCCCACUCGCCUUUACAGUUGAAAAGCUGACGGGCAGUGGCGAGCUGUGGUGGCAGGCGGAGAGGGCUUCCUCCUCCAAGUCUUGGAUCACCUUUGACCUAAAGAACAAGGAAGUGUCUGUAAAACGGGUUACCCAGGACCCUAAGCUCCAGAUGGGCAAGAAGCUCCCGCUCCACCUCACCCUGCCCCAGGCCUUGCCUCAGUAUGCUGGCUCUGGAAACCUCACCCUGGCCCUUGAAGCGAAAACAGGAAAGUUGCAUCAGGAAGUGAACCUCGUGGUGAUGAGAGCCACUCAGCUCCGGGAAAAUUUGACCUGUGAGGUGUGGGGACCCACCUCCCCUAAGCUGAUGCUGAGCUUGAAACUGGAGAACAAGGAGGCAAAGGUCUCGAAGCAGGAGAAGGCGGUGUGGGUGCUGAACCCUGAGGCGGGGAUGUGGCAGUGUCUGCUGAGUGACUCAGGACAGGUCCUGCUGGAAUCCAACAUCAAGGUUCUGCCCACAUGGUCCACCCCGGUGCAGCCAAUGGCCCUGAUUGUGCUGGGGGGCGUCGCCGGCCUCCUGCUUUUCAUUGGGCUAGGCAUCUUCUUCUGUGUCAGGUGCCGGCACCGAAGGCGCCAAGCAGAGCGGAUGUCUCAGAUCAAGAGACUCCUCAGUGAGAAGAAGACCUGUCAGUGCCCUCACCGGUUUCAGAAGACAUGUAGCCCCAUUUGAGGCACGAGGCCAGGCAGAUCCCACUUGCAGCCUCCCCAGGUGUCUGCCCCGCGUUUCCCGUUGGGCUCAUGGCCUGUGGACCAGAUGAAUGUAGCAGAUCCCAGGCCUCUGGCCUCCUGUUCGCCUCCUCUACAAUUUGCCAUUGUUUCUCCUGGGUUAGGCCCCGGCUUCAUUGGUUGAGUGUUGCUCUCUAUUUUCCAGAGGCUUAAUCACACCAUUCUCCACGCCGUUUCCUUUUCCUUCAAGCCCUAGCCCUUCUCUCAUUAUUUCUCUCUGACCCUCUCCCCACUGCUCAUUUGGAUCCCAGGGGAGUGUUCAGGGCCAGCCCUGGCUGGCAUGGAGGGUGUGGCUGGGUGUCUGGAAGCAUGGAGCAUGGGACUGUUCUUUUACAAGACAGGACCCUGGGACCACAGAGGGCAGGAACUUGCACAAAAUCACACAGCCAAGCCAGUCAAGGAUGGAUGCAGAUCCAGAGGUUUCUGGCAGCCAGCACCUCCUGCCCCAUGCUGCCCACUUCUCACCCUAUGUGGGUGGGGCCACAGACUCACAUUCUGACCUUGCACAAACAGCCCCUCUGGACACAGCCCCAUGUACAUGGCCUCAAGGGGUGUCUCACAUCCUCUGUCUAUUUGAGACUUAGAAAAAUCCUACAAGGCUGGCAGUGACAGAACUAAGAUGAUCAUCUCCAGUUUAUAGACCAGAACCAGAGCUCAGAGAGGCUAGAUGAUUGAUUACCAAAGGUCAUACAGCUAGCAAGUGCUGGAGUUGGGACUCACCCAGGUCCCUUGUCCCAAGUUCCACUGCUGCCUCUUGAAUGCAGGGACAAAUGCCACACGGCUCUCACCAGUGGCUAGUGGUGGGUACUCAAUGUGUACUUUUGGGUUCACAGAAGCACAGCACCCAUGGGAAGGGCCCAUCUCAGAGAAUUUACGAGCAGGGAUGAAGGCCUCCCUGUCUAAAAUCCCUCCUUCAUCCCCCGCUGGUGGCAGAAUCUGUUACCAGAGGACAAAGCCUUUGGCUCUUCUAAUCAGAGUGCAGGCUGGGAGCACAGGCACUGCAGGAGAGAAUGCCCAGUGACCAGUCACUGACACUGUGCAGAACCUCCUGGAAGAGAGCUUUGCUGGGAGAGGGGGUAGCUAGCCUGAGAGGGAACCCUCUAAGGGACCUCAAAGGUGAUUGUGCCAGGCUCUGCGCCUACCCCACACCCUCCCUUACCCUCCUCGAGACCAUUCAGGACACAGGGAAAUCAGGGUUACAAAUCUUCUUGAUCCACUUCUCUCAGGAUCCCCUCUCUUCCUACCCUUCCUCACCACUUCCCUCAGUCCCAACUCCUUUUCCCUAUUUCCUUCUCCUCCUGUCUUUAAAGCCUGCCUCUUCCAGGAAGACCCCCCUAUUGCUGCUGGGGCUCCCCAUUUGCUUACUUUGCAUUUGUGCCCACUCUCCAUCCCUGCUCCCCUGAGCUGAAAGAAAAAUACAAUAAACUUACUAUAAAGAA